AUGGCAAUAACAGGCAUUUUACUUUUUGGCUGGUGUAUUCGUAUUGCAGCGAAGCAUUUACACAAAUGGCUCUUGUGUUUUUGGGAGGUGACGGCAACAGAAGACGUCGCUGUAUGUAAUGGCGACAAUUUAUUCACAAAUAUAGUUGUUCGUUGGCCAGGGUCGACUCACGAUGCAUUUAUAUGGAAUAACUGUAAAUGCGUCCGCAAGAUCGAAGAAAUGAAUUUACAAAAUACAUGGAUUUUGGGUGAUAGUGCGUAUCCGUUAAAACCAUACUUACUUACGCCAUUACCAACUGCAAAUACAGAGGCUGAAAGGAGAUUUAAUGUUGCUCACAAACGUACACGUUGUGUAAUCGAACGUACAUUUGGCAUUUGGAAAAUGAAGUUCAGGUGUCUCCACAAGUCAGGUGGAUACAUGACUUACACCCCGAUAAAAUGUGCUAAGAUUAUUACUGCAGUUGCAGUCCUUCACAACAUGUGUAUUUCGAGAAAUUUGCCUCUGAUUGAUGACAAUGUAAACCAUGAAGAUGACGACAAUGACAGUGACGUCAAUGGUGACGACAACAAUGAAAAUAAUAGAGAAAACAACAACAACGAUGAUGGUAGACAGGUUCGCGAUAACCUUAUUCGGGAGAUGUUUUCACACGCUAGCUAA